CAGUAUCUUAUAAUAACCUAUAAUGGAAAAUAAUCUGAAAAAGUGGUUAAGAAUCUGCCUGCCAAUGCAGGGGACACGGGUUCGAGCCCUGGUCUGGGAAGAUCCCACAUGCUCCGCAGCAGCUAGGCCUGUGCGCCACAACUACUUAGCCUGCGCUCUAGAGCCCCCAUGCUCUGCAACAAGAGAAGCCACCGCAAUGAGAAGCCCAUGCACUGCAACGAAGACCCAAUGCAGCCAUAAAUAAAUAAAUAAAUAAAUUCUAUAUAUAUACACUUCAGUUAAAAAAGGGAUAAGCUACACUAUUUGAUCUGCAAAGAUUUGUCAUGCACUGAACAAAACAAAAGUGUAGGAACUUACUUGUUGGUCUCUGUGUGGAGUUUUCUGUCCUGAGUCCCUCCUGGGACGGUGGGCAGCAGAGGACCGUCUGUUCCACAUGCUGAGGGCUUCCCUGUGUGUGUGGUGGUGACUCAGGAAGGGGGUGUGUUGAUUGCAAGCAUUAAACAGCCUGUUUUCCACUUUCAGGAUCGACCUCUAAAGACUCUUGUCUGAGGAAGAAGCCCAGAAGAGGAGGGAGAGGAGAGAAAAGGAGUCUGGAAUGGCUCUUUCUCAGGCACAGUUGACCUUCAAGGAUGUGGCCAUAGAAUUCUCUCAGGAGGAGUGGGAAUGCCUGGACCCUGCUCAGAGGGCCUUGUACAGGGACGUGAUGUUGGAGACCUACAGGAACCUGGUCUCCCUGGGGUCAACAUCUAAAGAGUAUUGCUACCUGGGUAAGAAGCCCGGAAGAGGAGGAAGAGGAAAGAAAAGGAGUCAGAAAUGGCUCUUUCUCAGACACAGUUGACCUUCAAGGAUGUGGCCAUAGAAUUCUCUUAGGAGGAGUGGGAAUGCCUGGACCCUGCUCAGAGGGCCUUGUACAGGGACGUGAUGCUGGAGACCUACAGGAACCUGGUCU